AAAACCGAAGCAAAGAGGCCUGUUGAAUCCCUACCUCCUGGAAUACGACCAGCCGACCAGCCGGUUGAAAGAGAGUCGUAUGAGACCAUGUACAACAUUCAUUGCCAAGCUACACCUGUGGUCAUGGAACCAAGAAGUGAUGAAGAGGAGUGCACUGCCAUGUCAAGCAAUGGGCCUGAGGAUGAAGAUGAUGGGUAUGAGGUACCAAAGCCACAUUUGCCAAUGGCCCUGGCUCGCCGCACACUUUCUGAUAUCUCAAACGCUGUACCUACCUUAAGUUCCGCGACUACCAGCAGAGAUUCUGGAGCAGGACUCCAAGAGUCAUCACCUGUUCCAGAGCGUCCCCCAAAACCCUUUCCUAGGAGGAUGAACUCUGAGCGUCGUCCUGCACCACCUGGUGGUGAUGCUUCUUCUCCCCUCUCCAGCGAGAUUGAGAGUUUACUGAGCCAGGGAUAUUCUCAGCAAGAUGUGAAUAAAGCCUUAGUCAUUGCC